AUGCCUCGGUCAACGGAAGAAUUCCCACUGCUCAGAGCACAUGGCCUCUAUGCAGCAGAUAUUAGGGGAGAUGGAAACUGCCUCUUUAAUGCUCUUUCCGACCAGCUCUACGGCACGCAGUCUCGGCACCAUGAGAUUCGAGCUCGAGUCAUUGAAUAUAUGAGAGACCACGCCCCUUACUACAAGCAAUUCAUGGACGUUCGUCCAGGCGGAGGAGCUCGACGCAACCCCAAGAGGAAGAAUGCCGGUGCCUAUGCCUCGCCCGAACAAAUGGCUCCUACACCAGAAGAAGUUGAACGCGUCUUUGAGAGCCAUUUACAAACCAUGGCUCGCGGCGGCACGUAUGGGGACAAUAUGGAGAUAUCGGCCUUUAGCUCCGCAUACGAUGUCGACGUGAAAAUCUACCAGAGGGACUUCGCCUACAUGGUGUCUGGUGGAGAUCCGGACAACGAAGAGGAGUCUGAAGGGCCCCGGCGGAUUGUGCACAUUGCCUACCAUGUCUGGGAGCACUAUUCCUCUAUUCGGAAUAUCGAAGGCCCUCACACUGGACCGCCUCAAGUCAAGGAACAGGCCAUUUCAUCCGAAGAACAGGCAUUACAGCAAGAACGACUGGCGAAGACCUCGCGAGUCCAUCCUUGGAUGAUUGAUGUCGUCCUCUCCUCACUCCCUUAUCUCGCGGACCGUGCCUUGGUCAAGAGGACAUUGGAAGAGUGCCGAGGCAAUGUGGACGACGCGGUUUCAAAGCUGUUAGACCUUGACGAGCGGCAGAGCAAUUCUUCGACACCCGGAAGCUCGUCCAUUGAGCGAGACCCUGACAGCGAUGACGAAGCUUCAAGUGGACCAAAUAAGAAGCAGGACCGAAGGCUGAGUCGAGCAACGCGCGCGACGCUCCGUCAAGGUCGACAGCCGAAUUCGUAUCGUCGAGACGCCUUUGCUAGUCGCGACUCGACUCCCUCAUCGGAAGCCAGCAGUCGUUUGGGCGUUCGUGGAGUGAAUGCUGAAGUCAAGAGCUCCGACGGAGACGCAACGGAAGACGAGGACUGGCGUCCGGACUAUCUACGAGACGACGACAGCGCAUCAGACUACUCAAGCACAAGUCGGUCCCAACCUCGUUCUGGUGUCAAACUAACACUUCGACCGCCCAAGCAACCGUCCUCCGUGGCACCGCUCACUCAGUCCAAUGGUACCAAUGGUACAACUAUUAACAAGACUGUUGCCAAACCACAUGCUGUUCCAGGCCCUCGCAAGCGGACGACCGCGCGCGAGCGAAAGGACAUGAAGAAGGCGGCGCAGAAAGCGGCAGCCAAGGAACGAAGGAUUGCCGCUGCCACGGGCGGUAAGCAAGGUAGGCCCGGUAGUGCGAAUGGCGGUGUUCCACUACCCAAAGACACCACCAGUGGGCAAAAGAAGGCCGGAUCACCCGUCAUUGAAGUUGGCAUCAAAACGCUCUACAUUUGA